ACCCCAUCGAAACCGAGUAACGGAAAGGAAGCUCAUAGCCCCGCUUUAUCCGCACCCUCCCCAUCACCGUCCAUCCCUCAUCGUUCGCCACGGAAUCACCACUUUUUCCGGUGAGCGAGUCGCCGGCAAAGAGCCCCCCCUCCGUUCGCUUCAGAGCCCUCCCCUCCGGGAUGCUUCCCAUUUCCGAUCAGCCCUCCCCGGAAUCGCACAAGAAGAAGACCGCCGCCUCCGACGCCAAAGCCGCCGCCGCCGACUCGUUGCUCGGCCGCAAGAGCUCGUUCAGCUCGCUCGCCUCCGCUCUCCAACCCUACUUCUCCCUCCACAACCCCCGCACAUGGCUCUUCCUCGCCGUCAUCUCCGUCCAGAUCUUGAUCCUCUUCAUGGCUCGCUCCGUCCCCCUCCCGCUCUCCUUCCCACACGCCCGCCACCACUUCCCGGCGCCGAUGACCGCCGCUCGGCUCCCCUCCUCCUCCGCAUCGCCGGCCGAUCCUCCGUCCACGGACUCCGACCAAUGCGGUUCAGGGAAAAUUUACGUGUACGAGCUUCCGAGUUUCUUCAACCUGGAGAUUCUCAAGCAGUGCGACAACCUGAACCCUUGGAGCUCGCGAUGCGACGCGCUAGCCAACCAAGGGUUCGGCCAGCCCGCCGCGGGGCGCUUGGCCGGAAUCGUGCCGGAGAAGCUGGCGCCGGCGUGGUUCUGGACUGACCAGUUCGUUUCGGAGAUAAUCUUCCACAACCGUAUCCUGAAGCACGGGUGCAGGACGAUGGAGCCCGAAUCGGCUGCGGCGUUCUACAUACCGUUCUACGCUGGGCUCGCGGUGGGCAAGUACCUGUGGUCUAAUUCCAGCGCCAAGGAGCGCGACCGCCACUGCGGGAUGAUGCUGCGCUGGGUCCGGGAUCAGGAGCCCUACAAGAGAUCCAACGGCUGGGAUCACUUCAUCACGAUGGGGCGCAUCACCUGGGAUUUCCGCCGGUCCAAGGACGACGACUGGGGCUCCAGCUGCAUCUACAUGGCGGGGAUGAGGAACAUGACCCGCCUCCUGAUCGAGCGCAACCCCUGGGACUACUUCGACGUCGGCGUGCCCUACCCCACCGGAUUCCACCCCCGGUCCGAGUCCGACGUGGCGGAGUGGCAGGACCACGUCCGCGCGCGGCCGCGGCCCGCGCUGUUCUGCUUCGCCGGGGCCAAGCGCGGCGCGAUCAGGAACGACUUCCGGGGCCUCUUGCUGAGCCAGUGCCGCAACGAGUCGGACGCGUGCCGGGUCGUGGACUGCGCGGGGUCACGGUGCUCCAAUGGCACGUCCGAAAUCCUGGAGACCUUCCUGGGCUCCAAGUUCUGCCUGCAGCCGAGGGGGGACAGCUUCACCCGCCGGUCCAUCUUCGACUGCAUGGUGGCCGGCUCGAUCCCGGUCUUCUUCUGGAGGCGGACCGCCUAUUACCAGUACGAGUGGUUCCUGCCGGGCGAACCGGGGAGCUACUCGGUCUUCAUAGACCGGAAGGAGGUGGAAAACGGGGCGUCCAUCCGGAAAGUCCUGGAGAGGUACAGCGAAGAGGACGUGAGGAGGAUGCGAGAGAGAGUGAUCGAGUACAUACCCAAGUUCGUGUACGCGUUGCCGGAAGAAGGGUUGGGGAGCGUGAAGGACGCUUUCGAUGUGGCCAUCGACGGGGUUUUGAGGAGGUUUAAGGAGCAAGAAGAGUGGGGGUUUAAGUGGCGGUGAGUACUGUACUUAGUGACAAGAAGAAGAGAAGAGAAGAGGGAAAGUACGUACAUAUAUCUGCCGAGGUAUGAAGAAAUUUCUCAAAGCCCGCUUCGCGAUUGUUACUAGGAUAGAUUAUUAGACAUUACAGAGAUCAUAUAUAGUCAUCUUCAAAGAAUUCAACUGGGUUCUUCCGCUCUGUUCCGUUCUUUUUGUUUCUUCUCCUGCAAAAGUGAGAAAGUGACCACCGUUCAUGUAUUCUUUCCUUCUUUUCCUGUCAAUUCUGCUUUUCUUUCUCUUAGGCUACUGUAUCCUUUUUAGCCGCUUGUUGUAGAGAGAAUAAACUGCACACUUGGGCGAUGCAGCCUCGGAUGUUGAUGAA